AUGCAGUUUACUGCGCGAUCCAAACUCGUUGGAAACGACCUUCUUGAUCGCGCCGGCGGCCUGUUGGCUCAAACCGCUCCGCCAACUCAGGUCGGUCAGAGCAACCUGCAGCUGCUCGAGGUGGCCGUUGGCCUUGAGCUCCGCGAGCAUCUUGUCGGCGGCUUGGGCUGGGUCGAUGCCCGAGGCCCAGAUCUCGAUGUCGAGCUUGUCCACCUACUCAUACGACAGCACGCCCUUGUCAUGGACGGCGCCGUCGACAACGUCCAGUUCGAGAGCAUCGAAGACAGACUAGAUGGCUGGGGGAAGGACGAUGACGUCUGCGCCGGACAGUGGAGCGUGGACGGGUGCGGCAAAGGCCCGGUACGCCAGUAG